GCCGUUUAGCACAUUGAAUUUGAUUGAUUCCGAACUACAAAUGCGUCUCUGUCGCGCAGCCGCAGUCGUGAUUUUUAAUGGGCAGGUCGCGGAUCCCCCAUAUGCGAUUCCGAUUACCCCACAGGCGUCGACGUGAGAAGGUGCACGUUUGGAGAACAUGCCAGAACAAGCAAACAACUUUCCUCCCCUGCCGAAAUUCCUAAAAGUAAAACCAUGUUUUUAUCAAAAUAUCUCGGAGGAAAUUCCCGCCCAACAUCAGCAGCUCGUACGCCGAAUCUUCAUACUUUGGAUGAUUUAUUCCGUGACGCUGUGCUUGAAUCUGAUCGGAUGCAUCGCCUUGUGGGCUGUGGGGGGUUCCGGGACUAACUUUGGCCUGGCGCUGCUCUGGCUCAUCCUCUUCAGUCCUGGCAGUUAUGCUUGCUGGUUCAGACCCAUCUAUAAAGCUUUAAGAGCGGAUAGCUCCUUCAACUUCAUGGCCUUCUUCUUCAUCUUCUUCCUUCAGCUGGUGAUAGCUAUCAUUCAAUGUUUGGGCCUUCUUAACUGGGGUGUUUGUGGAUGGUUUAUCACGAUCACAGUUUUCCACUACAACAUAGCCGCGGGCUCAGUGAUGCUUCUCACCACGCUUCUCUUCACAUUGGUGACCGUCUUAAUGGCCCUGGUGCUCAUCAAGGUGCACAGACUGUAUCGUGGCAGCGGGGGCAGCGUGACGCGCGCUCGAGAAGAAUGGGGUGAUGGCACUUGGAAGAACGCGGCGGCGAGAGGCGGUUUCAACACUGUCGACCAGAAUGCUCAAGGUCCCAGCUUGCCCGAGUACCCCGCAUCAGUGCCCAGUUAUGUGGACAACCGCGGCUGGUAAUAGCCCGGCAACACACCUCUGAGCCAAAACUUUGUAUUUCAAAUCCACCUCAUGAAUUUUAGAUGAAGGACAGUAUUUUCUUUGUAUUUUUGUAAUAAUCUACUGUGAACCCCUAUGAAAAAAAAGAACAUCUAUUUUGUUGUAACUUUUGUGCCUCAUCGACUGAUACUGAGAUUUUCUUUCUGAAAAUAAGCCAUGCAUGUGACGGAUUGUCACUUGGACUCGCUGUACUAAUUCAGCGAACAAUGCUGCAUGACACCUCGGCUGCCAUUUAACUUGUUUUGCCGUCUAUGCAUUGACUUUUAACUUGUCUGCUAAUUCCAAACGUGCUUUACAAAUUUUUUUUGUCCAACUCCUGCAGACUUUUAUUACACAAAGUGUCAUUUGAGCUUUAUUUUUCAGUACAAUAUAUUUUUUUAUAUGUACUACGUGUGUUACACGAGCAUUAUAUUCAAUGUGCAUGCAUUUCAAGAUGAUGCAUGUUUGCCGAAAAAAAAAAACUUUAAACAACAUGGAAAUCAAAUAAACAUUGCUACAUUGAAUGGAAA